ACCCACCCUGACACAGCCAAAGCAAAGCUAACAUUACAGCUACUCACGCACGUAACACUAAGCUAGCGAGGUAGCUAGAUCGAGCAAUGGCGGCAUCCAAGACGACGAGCAGCAUCGCCGUAGUGGCGGUGGUCGUGGCCCUGCUGUGCCUGGGCGCGCGGCCGGCAGAGGCGUGUAACGGCCACCCGUGCCCGUCUCCGGCGGGAAAGUGCCCGGUGAACGCCGUGAAGCUGGCGGUGUGCGCGGACGUGCUGGACGGGCUGAUCCACGUGGUGCUGGGGCCGCAGCCACCCAAGCAGCCUUGCUGCUCCCUCAUCUCCGGCCUCGUCGAUCUGGACGCCGCCGCCUGCGUCUGCCUCGCCAUCAACGCCAACGUCCUCGGCAUCAACCUCGACAUCGACGUCGACCUCACCCUGCUGCUCAACUACUGCGGCUGCAAGGUGCCCAAGGGCUUCACCUGCGCCUGAUCAGCCAGUCAUCGAGCAGCCUACCAAGCUCGUGCUUGCAUAGAUGUGUCAUGUGUGUGGCUGCGUGCGUUGUAAAAGGAGCAUUCUCAUACAGUACGUAUGAUCAUCAGCACCACGUUAAUACGCACUCCUACGUGUUAAUUUCCAAGUCGUGUGUGCGUUGUAAAAGGAACAUUUUCAUCCAAUAAAAAGGUCUAGAAUUUGUGUUCAAUAAA